AUGUCUGAACUGCGUAAAAGAAAAGGUGUUCCGUUGAGGGAUAGAAAUCGAAAUUCGUCCCAUGCGAACGGCGGAUCAAAAAGCGUUCGUGUGGCCGCCAAACUAGUACCCGACGAAAAUGGUGGACCGUCUUGGACUAGUUGCGGAAAUUUUCUGUUGGGGUCAGUAAUAGCCCUGAUCGUGGGAACAAAAUAUGCGCUCUACGUCCGAGAACUCCAUGAGAAUGAUAUGUGGUUUUCAAACAUCGGGGUUAGUAAAGAGACUUUAAAUACACUUAUUUUAAUCAUGCUCAAUGUAAGUGUGUUUGGGCCGUUCGUUAAGCUUAUAUUUUCUGGCCUGUAUAAAAUUAUCAGGGCACAGUCUUAAGUCUUUAAAAGUUAAGAUAGUCCGAAAUGCACUUUAGAUCAGAGGGCGUUAUUUAUUAAGAACGAUAUGCAGUUUGAUCGUAAGAUAAGCAUAAAAUAGUUUGAUCGUAAGAUAAGCAUAAAAUAGAUUUUGAUAUUUCUUUAGUUCUGAAUGAUAAGAUUGAAUUUAGCUUACAUUUGACUCUCCGUCCAAAAUUAAAUUCAUAUUUAUUCCUGAAGAAACCAUUUUGCAUAUUUUUACCGCAGAUAGCACAGGCUUAAUAUCCCUGACUUAAAUUUUUAAGACUUAAAACAAGAUGAUUUUAGAUGACUAUCAGGCAGCCAUAUUCAUAUUACAGCAGAAUUUUUACAGCAAGAAGGAAUGUAAGAAAAAAACUAAUUUAACAUUCACCUUGUCUUACAAUUUUUUUUCUAUUGUCCCAUUGUGCUAAUAAUUUGAUGUUUGAUUUUUUCAUACUGAAUGAAAUAUCCUUUGGUGGGAGAUUCACAGUCACUAUAUGGUAUCCUAGCAACAACUUAUGGCAGUGGAGACCUUUAAUUUUGAGAUAGUCUUUUGUGCCAAGAUUAUAAAAUUGUUGGAAUUGGACAUUUUUUUUAAAAAAAUAAGAGAAUGUACUGUUGUAGGUCCUGAUUUCAUUGUAAAUUUGAUGUGGCUGUUGCUGAAAACAGGGUUAGGAUGUUAUGGCUUUCGCAGGAAGUAAGUUAGAGUAAGCUGUGCCUGUAAUUAACUACCCUGUAUUACAUUUUUUCCUAUUUUUAGCAACUGGAGAGAGAAAUAUCCUUUAGGACAGAGUCAGGGUUAUAUUUUUCAUAUUAUAAGCAGAUUGUCUUAGCACCAUCAUUUUUUCAAGGUAAACAGUUAUUUACUGAUAAUCUUGUCUCUCUUUCCUGCAACCACAACUUAAAGCUGAGUUUGAUAAUCAUGUACAGAAUGCACACAUCUGCAAUCCAUUCUGGCAAUUAGUUUCUACAUAGUUAAAGGAGGAUUAAUUCCAAUAACACAUUGUAGUAUUCUUAAUUGAUAAUAGUCCUUUUCAUUCUGAAUCUGAGGCUGCCAGACAGAUGGUCAAAGCAAUCCAUUUCAAUCCUUAUGUUUCAAAUAUAACUUCCUGUUAAAAAGAAUUUUAUAUGAGUGUUCAUGUAUUUAGCACUUAAGUACUAAUGUUGAGGACACUAUGUCUCCUGCUCAAGACGGGACGACCAUUUUACUUGGUUAUCUCAGGGCUCAAAGUUAGCGACUAACUGGUCGCAUAUGCUACUGGAUUUUUGGUUGUGCACCUAAAAAUUGAUGUGUAAUCGCACCUGUGUACCAUAAAACCCAAAGCACAGUGCAACUGACUUGCUUCCGACUAUACUUACGAACUCGAACUAGAAAGACAGUGUGUGUUUAAUUGGUCUUUUCUCCCAAUGGAUUCCACGAACUCAAAUGUUCUUUUUCGUUUCGAUGUUUUAUCCAUCCCAGACUCUUCUGUUUUGUAAUAAACACCGCUGACACAUGCAAAUAUAUGCUACGAACGAAACACAUGCUUUUUGCGCAAUGGACGAUCAUGUCGAACGUUCAGUCUUAAGGUCAAUCAAAACAAAAACAGUGCAGAUUAGGAGCCUUUUUUACUAGGUGAGAAAGUUUUUAAGUCAUAUCCUAGUUACAUGUAAGUCAUUGCGUUUUUAACAAAUUCAUUAAAUAUUAAUUUUCAUUCUCGUUCGACACACUCGUUGUUGUCAGUUUUGAAGUUUUUUUCAAGUGUACGUUUUCUUUAGUCACAACCAUGCUGUAAAAAAGAGAAAUUAGUAUUAAAAAUCACAACGGUAUUGCUGCGUAGCAAAUCGGCUGUGUUUUAUCAAUCACUGGACUGAAGUAAAACUAACAAACUGAAGAUGACAAAUAAACGUGGCACUGUUUAGCUUUUUACUUUUUCUUUUGAAAUAGAUGCUCCCAACAUUAUAAGCUGUGCUCCUAAAAUUUUCAGCUGUGUGCCUAAAAAUUUACAUCUGGUCGCACAAGUGCUCCCAAAGUCAAAUUUUAACUUUGAGUCCUGUAUCUGAGCCAUGGAAAAGUCUAGACAUUUGCUGGGCAAAGGCAGUACUUUUAUUCUCAUUAAGAUCCUGAGUUUUGGUAUGGCCUUGGGAAUUGAACCCAUGACCUCCCGUGCUGCAGUCAAGUGUUCUACCGACAGAUCUAAUCCUGCUGGAAGAUCUUUGUUGAUUUGUUGCGAACAAUGCCUGGAUUGAGAAAAUGCUGAGUAAUAAAGCCAGUGAUCUUGAUAACUUCUUAGCACGUUUAUCGAAAGAAGCAUCAGCCAUAGUUACUCGUAGUUUCACUUUUCUAAUGUGUGGUUCCAAAAAUUAUCCAUACAUGUACCUCCCCCCCAGAAGGGAUUUUUCAUCAGAUCCCCCCCCUCCCACCUUUCUGGAAAUCCAGUCAAGCUUCAUACAUUUAUUUAAAUUUUUGGGCCUAAGAAAACCCCCCACCCCCCCCCAGGAGUUUCCAAUCCCUUCUGUGGGGGGAGUAUGAAUAAUUUCUGGGACUACACAAUAAUUAGUCUCUGUAUUACCACAAUGGAAUGUAUCCAAAUGCUUGGAAAUGAGCUAGAGUUUCUCCAAUAUUUAAAGAGGACCUGAAAACUUAUCCUAACAACUACAGACCUACCUCAGUUCUGCCUGUAGUAAGUAAGUUGAUGGAAUUGUUCCUGACUCUUAAAGUACAGUUGUGGUAUUGCUAGGUAUAAAAGCACGUGAUAUUAGGAAAUUUCUCAUGCUAAAACAACUACUGUACUGCUGUGCUAUAGUCCUGCACCCCAAGAUGAUGCCUCCUUUGUGGUUUAGAAGUGCGUCAGUCAUUGUCUCAACUGAUGCACUCCAAUAAUUUUUGAUUGUUUCUUAGGAAUCCAUGAUGUCAUGCAUGAUAACAGAACAGAGCAUCUGAGGACUAUUAACAUAUUAGAGAGAUUUAAUAUUUAUCAAGAAGUUAUUCUAGCAGCACUAUACAGAAUUUUACCAAUGCAGGUGUGUACCGUACUGUCAGUAGGUUCAUGCUAAUUUUUAUUUGAACUCAACCGUGUUUUCAUGUCAUUAACCUCUUUACUUCCGGUAUUGACCAAAUUCAAAGUUCAAUGUAAGUUAAUUGUUUUAAGAUACAGUAGGCUUACUCUUGAGUUGCAAACACCUCCCCAUUAUAGAUACCCAGUGUUCUCCUUAAAUUUUAGCUCAGCAGGUAAGGGACCACUCAUGGCCAGUAAGGCAAAAAAUAUGCACUUCUCUGGGGGGGGGGGGAAGUGGAGUGAGAGGCAUGGCGCUGCCCCUUCUGGGAAAUUUAGGAGCUAAGUUCUCUGAAACGUUAUUCCCUCAUUUUAAGACCUAUUUUACGCAAAUAAUUGGCCGUUGUUAUCUUUAGACAAUAUUUUAUAACGUUUGAUUCCGAUAAUUUCACUCUGUCUUCAAUGUUCUCUUUCCAAAAUGCGUGGCCCAUAAAAAGAAAAGCUGUUGAUACUUAGUACUAUUCCAUAAUAUAUUUAUUAUAUUUAUUCAUUUUCCUUGUAAGAAUCAGAUCGGAUCACAACUUCAUUUUUUUUUUAAAUCUAGUUUUUUUAAUUUUAGUAAACCUUCAAGCGGUUGCAGCCCGUAAGAACUGUUGCUUCAGGUGGUAAAUUUUACUGGUUACUGCCUGAUAAGGGGAACACUGGAUACCUAGAUAAUGUGGAUCACAUCAGCUUAUGAUAAUCCCUGUCAACAAUACACUGAACUGUGAUGUUUUACUGACAGAGAUAAACCUCUGUCACUACAGUUGACUCUCACUAGAAAAGACACUAAGGAUUUUUUUUCACGAUACCAGGGCCACUUUCGCACUCCAGUUUCACUUUUGGGGCUCUCUUUGUUUACCUCAUACCACCAAAAAAAUUCAUACUGGCAUGAAUUCACCCCGGUUGAGUGCAUUGCUCACAAUUGCAUCCUGUUUAACCAAGAAUGGGGACAGCUCAUUUUAGUAUAAAAUUGGCUUCCUGGUGGACUGAAAUGGGUAUUGCAUGUGUAGUUCUUCAAUUUAAGUUGGUGUUAUUACAGUGGACAUGGAAAACAAGUAAACGUGAGGCGAAAUGAAGAAGUCUUGCACCCCUUACUGUUUGUGAAAUUAUCACCAAUAAAGAUUCCUUUCGAUGUUUAUUUCAAUGGGAUUUUGCCCCCAAGCUUUAUUUCUAUAUAUUUACAGGAUGCAAGAUAAAGAGUAGCCUGUGAAAGUAUUAUGCAGAAGAGGAUUCAUGUGAAUGAUCAUCAGACCAUAGAAUUUUUGUCUACAGAUUGGGGUUUUGUCUGUUUUAAGAUUUUGGCUGAGAUUGUAAAUUCUUACUACUAAAAUUAAUAAAGGUUGGCCAAGUGUAUAUCUUUUAAAUAAUCAUUUGUGCUAAUUUUCUUUUUUUCUUGAUAGAUGGAGUAUGUAUAUUUUUACAUUGAUACCAUCUUUGCCUUACAUGGAAUGUACAUGAUGGCUCUGUUUGCCUCAUCAUGGAUGCUAAGUGGUUCUUGGCUUGCUGGCUUACUAUCUGCAAGUUUCUACAUUUUUAACAGGUAAUUUGUGUUGUGAAAACUUUUAAGACAUGUACAACCUUGAAAUUGUCAAAUCCACAAAGCCACGCUUAGGAGAGGGUUCCUGGUAGGCUUUCUUUCCUAACAGGAAUUUGUGCAGUUUACAUAUCUCCCUUUUUUUCUUUUGGUAUGUGUCAAGUAAAAGCUGUACUUAAAUGUGCUUUCUUUUUCUUUUUUUUCCUCAGGGCUGAUACUACAAGAAUAUCAUUUACUAUUCCUCUACGUGAAAGUUUUGGAUUCCCAUUUCUCUUUUCACAGAUUGCAUUUAUAAAUUACUUUCUAAAGAAAGAUGUUUCCUCCCUUGCCCAGGUAGCUACUUUUACUUUAAAUGUAUAGUGUUCCCUAAUAAGAAAUCUUCAUUCAAGUGCAUUUAAUACAAAAUUACAGAGCAUGAUAAGAGAUACUCUGCAUGUAUCCUAGUAUUAUAUAGUGAAUAUCCCUUGGCUGUAGCUCAUGGUACUGUUAAAAUUAUAUUAUUAAUCUAAUAAAUACAUGAAAAGAUGAUAAAAAAUAUGUAUUAUAAAAACUUCUACAUCACUCAGCAAAUGCUCAUUCGUUAUUUAUGAUAUUUUAUUUCAGAGACUAUGCCUCGCUGGUAUUGCAAUUUGUACAUUUUUCUUCACAUUGGUCUGGCAGUUUGCUCAGUUUAUUCUCCUGUUGGAGUCCAUGGCUUUUUUUGGUACUUAUUCACUUGGCUUCAUUUCCAAGCACAAGGUAAGCCUCAGUAUGCUUAAAACUAAUUUGUGCUGAGAGAAAAAGUAGAUUAUUAUUUCUAAAGAAGGUAUUUUGAGGGGACAAGAAAUGAUGGGUUGGCUUGCGUAGAUGGUUUACAGUGACCAUCUGUUACCCAUUCCCUGAUGCAUAAAAAUCACUAAAGAUGUGAAAUAAUAUUCAUGGCUUGUGUCCCAUAGGAUGCAAAGAUUGAUCGAUCUAGUUGAAGAUGUUUUUGUAGAAUAUCCUGUUCAUGUGACUUUUUUGGUUGUUUGAUGACGCAUAUGUAACAGGACGGGGCGGUCAGCGGCAGGAACGAGAAGGAUUCAAGGAUUUUUCCAAAGCAAUUUAUUUGAAACUCAAAUCCAUCAGCAAUACAACAACAAUAAAAUAAAGCAAAAUAAAAUAAACGGGAACUACUGAAAGAUUAAACCUAGGAACAGAAUACAAAGUAAACUAAAUAUUUGCGUGCAACAAAAUAAUGCAGAAUACAAUGCAAUUGACGAAGGACUACAGAAGAAUAUCAAAAACCAGGAAUAACAUAUUCUGAACUGUAAGCUAAGUUAUUGUAGAAUUCGUAAAAAGAAAACGAAGAUAUUCAGUUGCAAACAACUACCAAAUAUGUUAAAACUAACACCAGAAAAAGAUAAAAAUACAAAACAGAAAAGCUAUAUUUUGAAGACAAAAAUAGAACGGAAGUGACGUAUAGUGUCAUGCAAAUUAAAUUUGAGAACCCGUGACAGAAUACUUGACGCGAGUUGCACAAGCGACACGCGUGAGCGUUAAAAUAACUAGUGAAUGUAAUGGCAAAUUCUACAGUGAAAUGGUAUCCAACGGCUAUAACAUGACAAACAACGGGAUUCUACAUUCAAGAUACAAGGUUAGAACGAAACAAAAGUAAUUAAGUGGAACGGAAAAGAACUAAUUUGCGAACAGAUAAUUCUGACCUAAUAACAACACGACCUAUGUGUAAUGAAACAAAGACAAACUAAUUCAAAAGACUAGGAUAUAUAAUAGAAGAACAAAACUAGCAAAUUAACAGUUGUAAACAAAAAGAGAGAUUUGCAAUAAACAAAAUGAAUUUACUACAGAAGGUGUGUAAUAAUACGCAAACGAAACGAAGAGAAUAUUUAGCGACGCUACGAAGAAUAUGCGUCUCCGAUUACAAAAAUAAAGCGAAUAACAACAGCGAAAACAAAACGAGAAAUUCGAUGAAUAACAGAACAAACUGGCCUAGUUCCUACUAAUUGCGAUUGAAAUAGCGAAAUUAUAACGAAUAACAAAAAAAGUUACUUAAAUCACUAAACAGAAUCAUAACUAAGAAAAGACUAAACUAAGACUGAAUUAUUCGGUAAUUAACGAGGUCAAGUACUUAAGCUAAAUGAUAAACAAACCAAACUAUCGUACCUUGCUAGAAGCAAGUUCGCUUGUUAACUUUACAGCUGCUGUAGUUUCUUCAGUGACGUCCAAACUCAACUGAAUUACGGCUAAAACGUGCCUCUACUUAUACCAAAGUGUUAAAUAAUUUUGCACGCGGCAAACAGUAAGAGGUGUGUUGCCAAACCACACUAAAACAGAACGCCAGGAUUUCCUUAGGUUAAUCCUACUAACUUAAAAGAUAAGGUCAAUUAAAUGAUUAAAAUAAUCUACCGAAAAGAAAAACCACGAAAAGCUAAUAUCCGCUAAGGCAUUUAGGCAAUAAGAUGUGGGUUUGUGGGCACACGUACUAUCAUUCCUAAGCUAUACACAAGCUUGCUAAAUCAAACCCGGAAAUUCCUAAGCGCAAAAAUAUUAGGAGUAAAAUAAUAGAAAAGUAAUAUAUUUCUUGAUGUAACGAAAAGUAGUGAAAUUCUAGGUCUAGUGACCCUGUCACACUCUCUCCUCCUUUUGCUCGUCAUAGCCCUUGCGAGCUAAACACUAAACACUAUACUACCUAACGUCUCAGGACAGACAUAGGCAAUCGGUAUCGGUUACUAUGAUGUCCUGCAGUAGAUCUGGUAGAACGUCUAACAGGUAGUUCAUCAUCAGCUUCAGGCUCGUCUGCAAUGCUCUCGUCAGAAUCACUAUUGGAAACGUCAGCUGCAUCAUCAGGCUCGACAUCAACAGGUGGUGGUGCAAACUCAAUGGCUACUCCAGGGUGACUGUCAUCAUCGGAUGAAGGUGGGUACUGUGGUGCCACAGGAACUCGCCGUCUCCUUGCCUUUGCAGGGGUCUUCUGCAGUACGGAUGGGGGGCACACCUGCAACUCAGCACGGUUCACAAUUCUGGCACUGCCAUGUCCAUCUGCUGGUUCAACCUCAUAUGUUCCAUUCUCUAAAUGGUCAACCACUUUGUGUACUUUGGUACUCCAUCGGUCUUGGAUCUUGUUUCUCCCACGUAUGGUUCUGUCUCUCACGAGCACUCGCUGUCCAAUCUCUAUGGUUGAUGGUUUCACUCUGCUCUGCUUGUCAUACUUCUGCUUGCGAAUUGCAGCUUCUUUGGCCAAUUUCUCUGCAGCUCGUCUGUGUGCACUUCUCAGUUCCUUUUGAUGUCUGGAGACCCAGGUACUUGGUUCUUGACCUUGUGUCUCGUCUAACUCAAUCAAUCGGUCAAUCGGCAGCCGGGGGUCUCGUCCGAACAUCAAAUAGAAUGGGGAAUAACCAGUUGUAGCAUGUGGUGUUGCAUUGUAAGCAUAACAGAGUUCUUUCAGGUGUUCAGGCCAUCUCCUCUUCUUCUCAACAGGUAAGGUUCGCAACAACUCGUGUAGUGUACGGUUAAACCUCUCGCACUGGCCAUUACCCUGAGGGUGGUACGGUGUAGUCCGAGACUUCUUAAUACUGUAGAUUGUGCAGAGUUCUUUAACGACUUCAGCUUCAAAGGAUCUGCCCUGGUCUGAGUGUAGUCUCUGGGGUACUCCAUACACCAUGAACCACUCUCGAAUGAGGGUUUUUGCCACAGUAACAGCUUUCUGGUCCCUGGUUGGAACUGCUACGGUGAAUUUUUUGAAUACAUCUGUCAGCACUAAGACAUUCUCUCGACCAUCUGACGCUGGUUCCAACUGCGUAAAGUCCAUGGCCAGAACUUCAAGUGGCUUAGUGGCUAUGAUACUGCCCAUAGGAGUUUUCGCCGUCAGGUAGGGUCCCUUUGCCACCACACAACGCUCGCACUCGGAGAUCCACUUUUUCACAUCUGCAUGCAUGCCUGGCCACCAACAUCGUCUCUGCACAACUUCCUCGGUUCUCUCUGGCCCUUGGUGUCCAAGGUCGUUAUGAGCUGCCUUCAGGACCUCGCUUCGUAGGACACUGGGUACUACCAGAAGCUGUUUCAACUGGUCACCAUUGUUGCGCACAGUUCUGAAAAGCAAGCCAUCCUUCUCUGCAAUGCUGUCCAGGUAACCAACCAGUUGUAGGGUUUCUCGCGUCUCUCGCUUCCUCUCUUGUCGGUUGGGCUUCCUCCCUAGGUCCAGGUAAUGCUUCAGCCUCACUAUUGCUGCAUCCUUCUGCUGCAACAUGGAAAUCUGAUCUCUUGGGAUGGAUGGAAGACAGGUCGCCUGCUCAGCACACUCGUCUGCUGGUGUUGUAACUCCCAACUCUUCUACACGAAUAGCAUCCUCCAGCAAUCCCAGCUGCACUCUCUCAGGAAGUCUGGUAGUAUCAGCAAUUGAAGCUAACGUCUCAGCAACAUGGGUGGGGUGCUCAUCAUCAUCUGUGUCAGCAUCAUCUCUGUGUUUGGCACUUCCGUGAGCUGCUUCCCAACUGACUCGGCUCAGGGCAUCAGCAUUGGUAUUGUGUUUACCAGCUCUAUACUCUAUUUUGAAGUUAAAGCUCGCCAGUUCAGCUGCCCAUCGCUGUUCUACUGCUUUCAGCUUGCUCUUGGACUGUAGGUAGGUCAGUGGGUUGUUGUCAGUAUACACCACGAACUCAGAUCCCAGCAGGUACUCCCGGAACUUCUCUGCUACAGCCCACUUCAGUGCUAGGAGUUCCAACUUCAUGGAAGAGUAGUUCUUCAUGUUCCUCUCAGCUCCCCGUAGACCUCGGCUAGCAUAGGCAAUGACUCUGAGCUUACCAUCCUGCUUCUGGGAUAACACAGCACCUAGUCCCUUGUCAGAUGCAUCAGUCUCUACGAUGAAUGGUUUGGUGUAGUCAGGGUAGGCCAACACUGGUGCACUUGUGAGGGCUUUACGCAAAUCAUCAAAGGCUUUCCGGCAUUCUUCCUCCCAACGCUCACUGGUAAUGGUACCUCUCCUGUUCUUUCCCUUCUCUGAGAUUUCGGCUACCAGCUUAUGGAGUGGGACUGCUGUCUGUGCAAAGCCAGGGACAAACCGUCUGUAAUAGGAUGCGAACCCCAAAAAUGACCUCAAGUCCUUCAGCGUUCUUGGGGUGGGCCACUGCGACACUGCCUCAGUCUUUGCUGGAUCGGUUGCCACGCCCUCUGCCGACACCACGUGACCAAGGUACUUCACACGACUCUGGAAGAACUGACACUUUUCUGCUUCUAUCUUGAGACCAUGUUCUCUCAGCUUCUGAAAAACUCGCUCAAGCCGUUUGAGGUGAUCUGCAAUGGUGUCACUGUACACGAUGAUGUCGUCCAAGUACACUAGAAGAAUCUGCAGUAGCUCUUCACGGAAUAUCAUCUGCAUAAGCCUUUGGAACGUACCAGGCGCGUUACAGAGCCCGAAAGGCAUCCUGUUGUACUCGUACAGGCCCAUCGGGGUGGUGAACGCCGUCUUGUGGCGGUCAUCUGGGUGUACUUCCACUUGGUUGUAUGCUGAUGCCAGAUCAAUGGCUGAGAAGUACUGUGCUCUGCCAAGGGCAUCAAGUGACUCGUCUAUCCUCGGCAAGGGGUAUGCAUCCUUCCUGGUCUUUGCAUUGAGGCGGCGGUAGUCCACGCACAGGCGAAGGGCUCCAGACUUCUUGCGGACUAGUACAAUAGGUGAUGCAUAGUCACUUUGGCUAGGUCUGAUAACCCCUCUCUCCAGCAGCACCUGUAGGUGUUCCUUCACCUCCUCAAACUGAUUGGGUGGGAUCCGUCUGUAUCGCUGAUUGACUGGAAUGUCAUCUUCAGUGUGGAUCCUGUGAUGCACCGUGGUCGUACAGCCAAGCUCCUCUCCCUUGCGAGAAAACACAUCAGCAUACUCUCGGAAGAUUCUCUCUGCCUCUCUCCUCUCUGCUUCAGUACCGGGGAAAUUGUCCAGCAGCACUCCCUCAGGUAGAAUUCCAGUGUUCCAUCGCUGCGUUUCUCUGUCGGGGGUCUGUGAAGAUACCUCCUGGCAGUCUACGCCAUGAGCAUGGGACACCACUACCUCAUUGCUUCCUAUGGUAAAUUCCAGCUGCUCCCUCAUAAUCACUUCCGCUGGCUGGACUGUACCAAGGCAUGUUCUGGGCUUUAGGCUGACUCCUUGACUUGUCGGAUUGAUCAGCUGGACAGUAAAGCAUGACUUGGACGCAUCCACCAGUGUAGUCGCAACUCGGAGUCUUCCUUUUAGGGGGGUACUGAGGGGUUCCACCACUGCGUUUGCGCCAAAGGCUGAACCAGUGACAUCAACGUUCAUUGCUGAAUAUGGUGGAAUCCAAACAGCACUGCUACCAGCAACCCUUACCAGCCUCUGCUUGCUCGGUUUCUGGCUCAGCUUCGACGAGGUACUUGCAUUCUCCUCUACACUCAGCAGCUCUGCCCACUUCGGGAUCUUCGCAAGCACAUUCGUCCCCAGGACUCCGGGCCUUCUUCUCCGCUGCCGCACAGUGGCUGCCGUGUCUUUGAGGACCAGCACUCCGCAGUCUGGGAUCGUCACUCUUUCCACUUGCAUGUCCAACUCCAGGUACCCGAGAUAUGGGAUUUCGAGUCCAUUAGCUCCUCGCAGAGUGAGCAUCCUUCCCACGCCAUGCACUCUACCGCAUACAGACUCGAGCUUCUCUUUAUAGAAGGCCUCCGAAACCAAGGUAACCAUGGAGCCAGUGUCGAUCAGGCACUCAACCUCCAUGCCUGCCAUUCUUGCAGUCAUAGUUGGCGUUCCACCAACUAUUUUUGGAAGGGGUGAGCCACUGUUAACCUCCUCCACCGCCGGGCUCACUGCGAUGGAGUCUUCUCGUUUCCCGCCGGCUUCUUUGGGACUGGUCUCCUGCCCCCUUGGGUAUUGGUGACUGGCGCUGGCUCGGGGCAGUCCCGGACGAAGUGUCCAUCCUUGCCACAGCGGUAACAGGAUGAAAACCUUGGCUUUGAAGCCAACGUGGCGAGCAGGUGAUUCAGGGUCUCUUGUUGCCGGCCCAAUACUUCUCUCUGCUGUUCUACGUGGACCAUUAGUACCUUCUGCUGCUUCUGCAGCUCUUCGGCGAGGACCUUCUGUCCGGAGAUGAGGUCAGCCAGGACCUUUUGCUGCUUCUUCUGUCCAGUAAUCUCCGUGCACUGCACCUCUUCUUCCACCUCUGCAGACCUUGCUGCUGCCGAUCUCCUAGGAGUAGGGUCCUCCUCCAUAUACCGGUGCACCUCUAGUCGAACGUCCUGGAAAGUAGCAGCUGGGUGGUCUCUUGCCCAGCGCUUGAUGUCGCGGCGCAGGGUGAGGUCCCUAAGGUUCUCUACGAACUGCUCCCUUAGUAGGAGGUCUUUACUGGCCUCCGGUGCACCACUCAAUCUCUCUACCCUGGAAAGAAGAACCAUCAGAGCGUGUGCGAAGUCCUGCGCUGACUCCCGAUCUCCCUGCCGCCUUGCGAAAAACUUCCUUCUCGCCUGAGUUGCUGUGAGCUGUUCACUGAAGGCCUCCCUCAAGAUCUGGAAUACACCGGAGGGGGAGGACCACUGGCUGGUUGGCCUCAGCUUCACUUCUUCUUUGGCCACUCCUUCCAGGUGAAACAAGAGGGUAUCCACUGCCUCGGCCUCCGUCUGGCCCCUCACGGCCCUCUCAGCGUCUGCUAUCCAGUCUUCCAGUACCCGGUCAUCUCUGGUCCCACUGUACUUUCCAAAUCUCUUUUCCCUGGGUACGGACACCCGAAUGGUCGGCGGGGCACCGGUAGAGCUUGCACUGGGUCCGGAAGCUUCUGGCUGACCACCAGCAUUUAGUUGAAGUAGUUGGUCCUCCAACUGUUUCAGUCUGUCUUGAAGGGUUUCCAGUGUAUCCGCAGCUUCCCCUCCAGUAGGCAUCUUUCUAGUACGUUCCCGUUUAUUAUUUUCUUUUUACCUCAAACAAAAAGCUCCGGAAAAUAGCACUUGAAUCCCACUUCUGACACCAAAAAUGUAACAGGACGGGGCGGUCAGCGGCAGGAACGAGAAGGAUUCAAGGAUUUUUCCAAAGCAAUUUAUUUGAAACUCAAAUCCAUCAGCAAUACAACAACAAUAAAAUAAAGCAAAAUAAAAUAAACGGGAACUACUGAAAGAUUAAACCUAGGAACAGAAUACAAAGUAAACUAAAUAUUUGCGUGCAACAAAAUAAUGCAGAAUACAAUGCAAUUGACGAAGGACUACAGAAGAAUAUCAAAAACCAGGAAUAACAUAUUCUGAACUGUAAGCUAAGUUAUUGUAGAAUUCGUAAAAAGAAAACGAAGAUAUUCAGUUGCAAACAACUACCAAAUAUGUUAAAACUAACACCAGAAAAAGAUAAAAAUACAAAACAGAAAAGCUAUAUUUUGAAGACAAAAAUAGAACGGAAGUGAGGUAUAGUGUCAUGCAAAUUAAAUUUGAGAACCCGUGACAGAAUACUUGACGCGAGUUGCACAAGCGACACGCGUGAGCGUUAAAAUAACUAGUGAAUGUAAUGGCAAAUUCUACAGUGAAAUGGUAUCCAACGGCUAUAACAUGACAAACAACGGGAUUCUACAUUCAAGAUACAAGGUUAGAACGAAACAAAAGUAAUUAAGUGGAACGGAAAAGAACUAAUUUGCGAACAGAUAAUUCUGACCUAAUAACAACACGACCUAUGUGUAAUGAAACAAAGACAAACUAAUUCAAAAGACUAGGAUAUAUAAUAGAAGAACAAAACUAGCAAAUUAACAGUUGUAAAAAAAAAAAGAGAUUUGCAAUAAACAAAAUGAAUUUACUACAGAAGGUGUGUAAUAAUACGCAAACGAAACGAAGAGAAUAUUUAGCGACGCUACGAAGAAUAUGCGUCUCCGAUUACAAAAAAUAAAGCGAAUAACAACAGCGAAAACAAAACGAGAAAUUCGAUGAAUAACAGAACAAACUGGCCUAGUUCCUACUAAUUGCGAUUGAAAUAGCGAAAUUAUAACGAAUAACAAAAAAAGUUACUUAAAUCACUAAACAGAAUUAUAACUAAGAAAACACUAAACUAAGACUGAAUUAUUAGGUAAUUAACGAGGUCAACUACUUAAGCUAAAUGAUAAACAAACCAAACUAUCGUACCUUGCUAGAAGCAAGUUCGCUUGUUAACUUUACAGCUGCUGUAGUUUCUUCAGUGACGUCCAAACUCAACUGAAUUACGGCUAAAACGUGCCUCUACUUAUACCAAAGUGUUAAAUAAUUUUGCACGCGGCAAACAGUAAAAGGUGUGUUGCCAAACCACACUAAAACAGAACGCCAGGAUUUCCUUAGGUUAAUCCUACUAACUUAAAAGAUAAGGUCAAUUAAAUGAUUAAAAUAAUCUACCGAAAAGAAAAACCACGAAAGGCUAAUAUCCGCUAAGGCAUUUAGGCAAUAAGAUGUGGGUUUGUGGGCACACGUACUAUCAUUCCUAAGCGAUACACAAGCUUGCUAAAUCAAACCCGGAAAUUCCUAAGCGCAAAAAUAUUAGAAGUAAAAUAAUAGAAAAGUAGUAUAUUUCUUGAUGUAACGAAAAGUAGUGAAAUUCUAGGUCUAGUGACCCUGUCACACAUAUUUCUUUUAUUCUUUGUUGUGCUUAACAAUUAACAGAAGGAGUAUAUUUUUAUUUCUGUUCAGUAAACUGUAAUACACAGGUUUGUCCAGGAGUCUGUCUUCAGAUUAACUGUCUGGUUUCAUAAAGGCCCAAGUAUUUUCAAGUUUAGGACUCAUUGGUUCUUUGACCAGAUGAGUCCCAAGACUCACCGUAACAAAUUGUAACAAAGUCACUGGUCGUGGCUUCAACCACCACUUGGGUAACAAAAUAGCUACCAAAUGACUGAUCGUUUUUAGCUCUACAGCCUCUAUAACGUCCCUUAAAAGAUACCACAGCAGCUCUUGCAGAGAUCAUUUUGUAGUGGUGUUGCAAAAAAGGGACAGAAUAUGGUAUAAGGUAUUGACGUUAAUUUUUCAUCAAACUGUUUUUCUUUCAGGCGCGAUGCCUUUACCUCAUUGUGAUUGGUUCGUUGUUAAGUGUGUGCAUCCUGCAGUUUAUCAACGACAUGAUCCUUUGUUCACUUGCUCUGAGUUUUGCAGUGGCUGCAGUUAUCCUCAUGACCUUCCAUGUGAGUUUUGUACUGUUUUCAAGCUAGAAGGCCUUGAGAUUGUUUCCACUCCAUUAUUUUUCGUGAGAUUGACAUGAUCACCCACUUGAUUUAACAUGAUGAAUGACAUCUGGCCAGGAGAAUGCACCCUCGUGGCAGGCAAUUGAAAGGGAUGGGAGAAAUUGGGUAUGAAAGAAUGCUAUGGUUGGUGGAGUUCCUGUUUCUUCUCCCUCUUGCAAGCAUUUAUUGCAUUUUUACAUGCUUAACCGGCCUUUAAGUCCCAAUAGUGACCAACAUCAAUUUUCUCCUGACAAUAUCCGUACAUUGUCAAGAGAUACGGUUAUGAGAAUUAACAAAAUGAUUACCAAAGAGAAAAUGCCUUGAUCUUUGAACAAAUUCUCUCAACUCAUUCUUUAACGAAAUGUAUGGAGGCCAGUUUGGAAAAUUUGUUUGCGGAUAUUGGAACUCAAAGGGUUAAAUGUCCUUCCCUCCUUUUUAAAAGCCUGCUGUACAGGCUAGGUCUAUAGAGAGGAAAAGCCAUUAUGUCAUGUUCCCAUGGUAAUGAAAUUUCAAAAUUUCGUUCAACGGCGGCUAAGAAAUGUACAAAAAAGCGUGAUGCACGUGCAAAGUUGUUGUUUUGUUAAUAUAAACUUAUUGCUUUUCAACUGUUCUUGAUGCGGUUGUCGUCGUUGUUGCUUAAGCUCCCUAUCGUUGUGAUACAGAAAUUUUGCUACCAUGGUAACGUGACAUCACACUUCUCCUUUCUAUAGGAGGGUGGUUCUUAAUUCUUCUCCCCUCCCCUUCCCCCACCCACAAUAUUAUCGCCCACUCUUUUCCCACAGACAAUUUACAUUCUAUCUGUAUGAAUUCAAGAUAGCAGCCACAUCAAAUUAGUUAUCAAUCUUGACAUUUUAUUUUUUGACAGACUCUUUGGUUGUGUUUCAGGGAGAGGGAAAUUCAAAUGACAAUCCAUUUCUGAGAGUGUUUAAGCUUGUUCUCAAUACCAUAGCAGUUCUUUUGUUAGCUGGAGUAAUAAGUUUCCUUGUUAAGGUAUAGUGAACCAUUACCAUAAAAGCGUUUUAGUGACUAUGUGACUCACGCAUGUCAGCCAUUCUCCUUGUAAAUGUAGGGCUUGAAUUGAUGCAGUACAAAAACGGGGCUCCUACGCAGACGUUCGUGGGGUUUUGUAACACGUUCCUGCCCCACAUUUGUGGCGAAGCCCUAAGGAUGACUGGAUGGCAGGCUAUAGAAGAACUGAAUCUUUGUCAAAUUUGUUGAUUUUGUCCAUUUCAGGUUGUCUUGCAAAUUGAGUCAGAUGAGCACAUCUUUAAGUUUCUCAAGUCAAAGUUCGGUUACGGCGUUGGAAGGUAUGUAAGUUACAACAAAAUGAAGAAAAUCAUUUUUACAGCUUGCCAUUCGGGCAAGCUGAAGCUAGCAUUUUCUAGCCAAACGUCAUUUCAACAAGCCCCAAAAGCUUUUUGACGAGCAGAAUUGAUUUCACAGUUCUUCUGUUAUUCGAAUUCCUCAAUAAACGUCACUUGCCCGUCGGGCAGGUUAAAAACAUAAUUCACUAGCCCGAUAGCAAAAUCCACUAGCCCCGGGCUAUCGGACACUACUUUCUUUGCACGCUGGUACAUUUCUUUGACUGCUCGACUACGACGUCAAACCUCCUAAUGCGACGUUUUAUGGAGGACGUGAACAUAUGACGGCGAAUUUUCCUUUCUCUUUUUGAACCUGGAUAAAGUCCUUUAGAAUUCAACUCCUGGAAAAAUCGCCCACACUUGAAGAACUGAGCGAGUCCAGAUAGACGCCAAGAAAGGACGCAGAUUCAUUUUUUAGCGACGUUUUCACUGCUUUCGUCCUCGUCGUUGUUUGAGCUCCCUAGUAGUGUGAAGAACGUGGUCAGCACAGUUCUGGCCCCUCUCUCUAUGUCACGUAACGCCGCGAGAGCUGACAUGCGCAAACUGUUGUGCCUGGACACUCUCUCGCGGCGUUACGUGACAUAGAGAGAGGGGCCAGAACUGGACUAUGUCAGCACAUAGUCACGUUUGUAGAGUGUGUGGAUUGAACCUGAUAGCAGAUUGGGCCCCUCUACCAAGUGUAGGUACAGUUGUGCUUCCCAGUUUGUCCCUGCGCUGUUUAUAAAUACCCAGUGUUUGCUUCAUAGAAUUGAAUUGCGGACACAUUGAAGGGAGUUUUUCCUGUCAACGAAAGAGAACCUUUGUACCUUGUUUAUGACAGAGUUAAGUCAAAACCCCUGUACAAGGCUUGAAAUAAUUUUGCGAUUGGUGCCGGUCGAGUUGUCCGGUCAAACCUAUUCUUCCGACACAACCCGGUUUUAAUGAAGACACUGAUUAUCUAUUACAUCUUAUCUCUUAAAAGCCCCUUUUUUUUUACGAACGCCAGUGAUGUCUAAUUAUCUAAAUUCAGACGUUCUGAGUAAAAAUUUCCAUUAGAAGCGUAAACGACCGGACAACGUGUCCAGUCAUCCAAGGAUUUGACCGGUCAAAACCUACUGUUGCCCGGACGUGGUCCCGCUGACCGGCCAUAGUUUCAAGCCCUACAGGUCCUGUACCAUUAAAAGUGUCCCACAGGAUGAUCCGAGUUUGGGUGGAUUCUUUUUCAGCACACUUGCACAGCCGUCGCAUUUUGCUGCUGAAAUUCCAACGGGAAAAUGCAACCGCUGUCCGCGUAUACUGCAAAUGAAACGAGCGUUUAUUCCCCUGUUUCAAGAUUCCUAGCCCUACUUCCAAAAGCAACAAGGGUAUAUUACCCACGAGUGACUGGUAAAAUGUUCUUAAAUGUCACCACGUUGUGAAUAACGCGAGUAUAGUUACGUUUGUGGUUCAUAGCCUAUUGACAGUCCCUCUAUUUUCUCUUUAGAGAUCGUCGAGCGCGCAUAUGAAAAGAAAAACCCAGGGGGGGGUGAAUUUAUUCACCGCAGGCGCAAGGGGGUAGGGGUGGGGAAAGGAGAACUUUUUUCUCGCGCUUCGAGCUCGUUGCGCUCGUUUCCCACGCUCAAAAAAUAAAAAUGGCUGUGGACAGGCUGUUCAAACCUACAAUCUACUGCUUUGUGCUCUUUUAGCUUGAGUUAGCUAAGCUGGAUUGCAGGGCUAAAUGAAAACACGGGCUUGGAAUUUAGAGAACGAGGUGGCCAUUUGUUUUAAUUGCCCCCUUUUCAUUUCUCCCCAGGGAUUUUGAUUCACUGUUAUACCUUUGCGAGGGAGCCUUCAAAUUCCUUCCCACAGAUAGCUACUCCAGACUGACGACCGGUGUGGUAUUUCCUUGUUAUGUUGUGUCCAUAGUGGCCAUAUUAUUUGUGUUAGCAUAUACAGUGUUUGUUAAUUGGAGGUAAGACACACAUUCAUUUGUUGGAGUUGUAAGCAGUUUUUUUUCUUUUGGAAUAGUCUAAAUCGUGUUUGGCUUCUCCUCUCGAAUCUGUGGGCAAGCUGCCUUGAGUUUUGAAUAGCAAAUCUGUUUCACUUAAAUACGAAUCUAUGAGAUAUCUUCCUUUGCAAAAGAUGUUCAGAAUUUUUUAAAUAAAAUGAUAAUCCCACAAACAUACAGUAACAAAUAACGUCACCUGUGCAAUGGUCUCAGGUAGUAGUAUAGGAAGGUCACGAAAAAAAGACGCGCCUUUUCUCCUUCCAACCCACGAGCGGUUUUGGCAUCAGUUUUCACGACCUGCCUGUGAACAUUAAGCUCCCUGCCAACGACGCAAUAUACUUGGCCAACAACUCCCAACAUUGCUGUGUUGUUCAGGUUGCAUCCACAUUUGCACGUAGCCUAAAAUUUGGCCGGUUUCAUUCGCAAUGUUCAACUUUUCAACAACACGCAACUGGGAUCUUCCUCGCUGUAAAUAGCCCCUUGUUGAUCUUGCAAUUGCCUCAUUACAAAAGAAAGAAUUGCAGGCUUAAGAUAUUUUGAAGUGCGGCGAAAAAAUGAAAGUUUUUGUCUCCUGCGGCAGAAAACGUGACGAUAUCACAGAAGACGCGGAUCCACUUUUUCUUAACUCCCAUCCGGAGGUGGUUUAUCAAGUCAUUCAGAGCGUUUUCUUUGGAGCAUUGGCCCUAACUGCUCUCCGUUUUAAGUUUCUAUGGACACCUCACAUGUGCUUGUUUGCCGCUGGAAUAUUUUGUAACCAAUAUUUCUGGAAAACAGCGCUAACGAAGAUAGGACUCAAAGAAGUAUGGGUGAGUCGCUGUUUGCUUGUAUACUGCUGAAACGAUUCACUGUGCAAGAUGCAAGAGGAAAAUGUGGCUGGUUCGCUAAAUUUAGCUUUUUUUCCUGUCAAUUGACUUAACGAAAUUUUAACAGUUUUGAGUCAAAACACUUUAAAAGGGUUUGUUCGUGAAUUCUAAAACCUGGAAAUUCAUGCAAUUUAAGUAAUGUUCCGUAGGUUGGUUACUGUAGGUGAUGUCAAAUCGCGGACGAUGUAAGGUAGAGAAGAGUAAUUAGACAGUGCGAACGGCACGCAGUUUGUGUCUUUUGAACUAAGUUAAGUAAAAAAUAUCCAAAACCAAGGAAGGUUUUGUUACCUGGUUGGUUAUGUCAUUUUAAAGGACUUUUCAUAGCUGUUUGGCGCGAAAUUCACCGGUCGAAAACUCUGGUGACGUCAUACGCGAUUGACCAAUAGGAGAACGAGUGGUGUUUGUCGCCACUCCCGACACAGCAUAUGUCAAUCAUUUUUUCCCGCGUAAAUUUAUGAUGAGAUUCAAAUCCAUUCAGGCGCAACAAGUCGACCUCGCGACUUCGUUUUUUGCUCGGUCGCUCAUUGAAGCUUUCUCCACUUGCUCUUAAGAACGUACGAGAAGUCGACUUGUAGCAAGUCUAGAAAAACUUGAACAAGUAAUAGGAAGUCCUAGAAGGUGAAGAACUCAAAAGAGUACGAACCCUGUUUCCUAUCCUCAUGCGUAAAACCGUGUCCGUUAUAGGUGAUACAAGUUUGGCACAGCAUGUCUUGGGGCGUUGGCGAAUGGUGCCGAUAUGAAAAUUUCAACUGCAUUGUAUAUUUUCGUUCUGUAGGCGAAGUUCACGGGACAUAUUGUCGCUGCCUUUCUUCUGGCCAUUUUGCUGUUCAAUGUAAGUUUAUACUUAAAAAAAGUAAUAAAUGGUUUGUUAAAAUAUGUUAUUUCUUAACGCACGACACACUAAGAGCUCUUGAGAACUCGGUUGCCAUGUGUUCAUGCUCCAUGUGUUCAUGCUUUCCACGUCGAAGUGGAAUCUAUAAGUAGGAUUCAAAGAAGCAGGAAUAAAUCACCAAGGAAUAUUAUAUACCUCAUUGUUACUUAAUUUCGCGGGUACUUAAUUUCGUGAUUUUGGCCAGACAGUAUUUCGCGGGGUUUUAUUUUCGUGAUUUUAAUAGGCAAAUGUGAAAAAAGACAUUAAAUGUCGCGAAUUAAGCAUUCUCAACCUCACUUUAUUGUUUGUCAAUUCCGUUUUGCUGGGAAAAGCAAAACGCAUAAUUAUUUAUCUACUUCAUACGUGUAAUCUUUGCAACUUUCACAACAGGAAAUACAAAAUGGAACUUACAGUAAAACCUGAUAACGUGUGUAGUUGUCGAUGUAUGUCUAGUAUGGCUAUUAAAUUUUUCGCAAGCAAACAAUUCGACUUUGUUUUCUAGCGUCUUCCGCGAGCGUUGGACGAACUCAAGGAAUUGAGGGAGUUUUAUGAUCCUGACACGGUAGAGUUGAUGAAGUGGAUAAAGUGAGUACAGAACUCUUUGUUGUCCCGGCCCACCGUAAACGCUCGACCCCACAACUUACACGACACACCCCUACUUUUGUCCUUCGUAAACAAAAGUGACCUCAGUUUACGAAAGUGUAAAUGAUACUCGCAGUUAAAUGAACAACCUAAGCGGUUGUUCAUUUAACUGUGAGGAUCAUUUCCCCAUUGAUAUAUUUAUCCGCAGUUCAAAUUAUAUUCUCAGAAGUGACCAUUGUCAUGGUGGACCAUGACGUGGCUUAUUCACUGUGUUAUAUGCCAAGGCGCCUUGUGCCGUAUUGCCUUUAGCCGUGGAACUCUAAUGCUGUGGUGCCUUAUAUAUGUUGUGAUACUGUGUAAUAUGGUACCGUAUGCUUAAAUUGUCUCUAGUCCCUUCCACCAAUAUACGGUGCAAGCCAAUUAAGUCGCGUUUUUAUUGGUCGUCUGUCAGUAAAGCCGUGUUAUUCACCGUAAAUAUGAUUGGUGCGUUUUAAUCCGCCUUUUAUAACAGUAUAAUGGUCGUUUCAUUGUUAGUCAAAUUGCACUACUUAUAAACUGUGUGACAGUUAACUUGUUGCAUUCUAGUCAGAAUACCCCACCGGAAGCGUCAUUUACAGGUAGCAUGCAGCUUUUAGCAGGAGUGAAGCUAUGCACAGACAGACACAUCACCAAUCACCCACACUACGAAAACAAGUUUCUUAGAGAAAGAACAAAACAGGUGAAAAUUAUAAUCGAACUUAUCAUGAACAUGAGGCAAAGGAAUGCCAAAUCCCUGACGACAGCCGGAAUAGCAAUGCCUGAAUGGUCUUGGGGUCUUCCGCUCAGUGUUUGAACGCUUGAGCCAGCGAAAUAUGAGUAUGUUCCUGGCCCCGGAUGUUUAAAUGUUGGAUGGCGCUAUCCACCGGGUAAAUCACUAUCCAGCGGAUGAAUAUUAGGGAAAACAAUUACAUUAUCCUCGAGAUAGUGAUUUAUCCAGUGGAUAGCGUUACCCACCUCACGAACAACUGGUCCCUGGCGUAAUUAGCCUGCAAGCAAGUUCUCUGUUUGGAAAUCCCCAGAACCCCUAGGGCACGCGCGAGCGAGCGGUCCUCGCGUUGCUAGUCGCUCACGCGUCAUUUUUUGCGGUCGCCUCUCGCGAUGCUCACUAAAAUGAAGAGGUUGCUCUGAGCUGACUAAAAAAGGCCUUUUUCUAGCCGUUCAUAUGUGAAAGGCGUCCUAUACGGAGUAACCUUGCUAUUGAUAAGUUUAAAGUGUGACUUUACCUCCUUUUUUCUGUUUUGUAUUUCACUUGCGAGUUUGGCAAGACAAAGGAAAGAAAAAAAGAUGUGUCUCACCGACUUAUGCAAGGUGGUAUCCAUUUCUAUUACAGCGACUGAUGAUUAAAAACAUUGACGAAUGAUUGAAGGGACUGCUGUGUCACGGCUGUCGAGUUAAGGAAACUACAAAAAUGAACUUUGGAAAACUGUUUGGCUAACAAGUUUUCAAGUACAAUUUUAGUCUCAAGUUUCUCUAUCCGUGCCUAAUUUUUCAUUUGACUUGUUAUUAAUACUUUCUUUUAAUGUUGUUUUGAGCGAUUAUGUUUAUGUUUCACUCAAUUUGGUGGCAGUUGCUGCGGUUAGAAUUUUGAUAAUAUUCGUGACGAGUACAACUCCGUUGAGAUGUUGCGGUUGAUAAAAAAGUUUCUUGCGCCUGUUGCUUUAGAUAGCACUCUAUCCUUUGACUCCUUCUUACUCUCCUUCUUUCUUUGAUGUAGGUUUAUCAAAUUUACGCCAAACGACCUCCGAGAGAGGUGUACGAAAUCCUGCGUCAACAUGGCACAGACUACAUCAUAUUAGAAAACAGCAUCUGUCUCUCACGACAGAGCUUGGGCUGUAGACUAAUCGACCUCCUGGACUUGGACAACGGUCACGUGAUCGACGGAGGCCAAUUAGAAGAAGGAUUACAAUUUACAAACAUUCCGCGUUUUUGUAAAGCUAUAAAAAUAGAUAGCAAGAAUUUUAGUCCGUAUUUUAAGAAAGUAUUUGAAAAUCGUACGUUUUAUUUAUACAAGUUACUGUAGUAGGAAUCUAAAUAUAUAAAAGUGUCACGAAAAAUAUGAUCAGGUAACUUGUGUUUAUUUAAAACUUGCUUGACAUUAAGGUUUUAACUGACAACUAUUUAAUGGUCGAUUAAUACUUUCUUUUCUGUUAAUAGUGUAGUCAAUAAUUUCUCUACACUUUCCAUUCUUUUGCGCCCCCUAAGUGGCCAGGAUAUCUUAAGUUAAGAAAGGUUCUUGUGACCUCAGAAAUGAGGGGCGGACUUUUAACAACAUUUAGACUUGUUAAAAAGUGUUUUACUCAAUAGAGUUGUGAGUCACUGUUAUUUUUUUUAGUCUGAGGCUGGCGAGACCUAAAUAUAGGUAACGCGUCGUAAAGCUUCUUGACCGCUGUCGUUAAGUUUUUUGGUUGGUGUAAUGGUAUAAUGUCUUUAGUGUUGUAAGCUCUCGUUUCCAGUUGGUUCACAAAACCCAGAUUAUUUGCAAUGAUCAUCGUAAGGAAAAAUAGACCCUUGUGUCGGA